CAAAUCAAUUCCGAAUUGUUUAACAUAUUUGUUUACCAAAACCAUUGUAUACCAAAACUUUUCAAAGAUUUUACAGUUAAAUUUAUAAUUUCUGGUUAUUUGUUGUAUGUAAAAUGUAUAAAAAACAAAUAGUUAUUUUAAGUGUAGUAGCAAUAUUGGCUAUUCGUGAAGCUUCAGCAAUAUGGUGCUACCGCUGCACAUCGGCCACUCCAGGUUGUGGGGAGAAAUUUAACUGGCGUGGCAUAGGUUUUCUAGGGGAGCAAUGUCCUGAGAGUAAUGACAUAUGUGUUAAAAUUAUUGAGAAACGUGGAGCACAAGAGACAAUAACGCGUGACUGCUUGAGUGCGUUGAGUUUCCGUACCGAUAUUCCAGCUGAUAAAUAUGAAGGUUGCCGUCCAGCCGCAAAGGACAUACGUCUGGCACACUACGUCAAUCACACAAUAAAAGAACAUGACGUGAAGCGUGAUUAUUUUAAUGAUGUCACGUUCUGCUUCUGCUUCUUGGAUCAUCGCUGUAAUGGUGCUAAAGCGACUGCCAACAACUCACUGCCGUUAUUGGGUUCCCUCAGCAUAGUCUUGCUUUUCGCAAGAAAGCUAAUUUGAAAGCUAUAGUAUAAUAACUUACGCAACCAUCUCAAAAUUAAUUUUUACACCCAAAGUGCCUUUGAUAAUAACAAAACUUACUAAAAUAGUACCUAAGACAUACAUAUGUAAGCAUUUCAAACCGAACAUAUUCGUUUUCUCAUAAAUUGUAUAUGUAAUUCCUCGUCGCUAUUGUAAAACCGCCAUUUUGACAAUAAUUCUACUCGAAAUACUAAUACGAAUGACAAAAGUAGAUUAAACAUUCCGUCCAAGUGCAAAUUUUAUGUCAUGACGUUUAUAUGUGGUAAUUAUGUGUAGCUCGUGCAGCCGUCCAAUACAUGUUUAUAAAUUAUAUCAAUAUUUCA